AUGCACGCAUGUAACCGCUGGCGCGCGGUGGCGCAGAGAUGGGAGGUUCGGCGAAGUGUGGAGGCGGUAGUAACCCUCGCUGGCGAGAAGGGCGACAGCAAUGUGAGCUGGAAGCCGUCGAUGAGCAUCUUCCGGCUCUUCCUGGCGUGCAUGGUCUCCGGCGGCAUCCAGUACGGCUGGGCGCUGCAGCUCUCCCUCCUCUCACCAUACUCGCAGACUCUUAGGAUCUCCCACAGCUACGUCUCGCUGACAUGGAUCUGCGGGCCUAUGGCCGGAUUUGUGGUGCAACCCAUCGUCGGCUACUACAGCGACCGAUGCACGGCGAAGAUUGGCCGGCGGCGGCACUUCAUCCUUGCCGGAUGCAUCAUCAUCUGCCUCUCUGUCAUGAUGAUCGGCUUCUCGGCGGACAUCGGACGCCACCUCGGCGACACCAAGGAGCACUGCAGCACGUCCAAAGGCUCCCGCUGGUCCGCCGCCGCCGUCUACAUCGUCGGCUUCUGGUUCCUCGAUUUCGCCAACAACACCGUCCAGGGACCGGCUCGCGCGAUGAUGGCAGACCUUUCCGCUGGGCAGCAUGGUCCCAACGUUGGCCAGUCGAUCUUCUCCUUGUGGAUGGCUCUCGGCAGCGUCCUCGGCUACUUGUCCGGCGCCAACGCGAAGUGGCACGAGUGGCUCCCGUGGCUCAAGACCGCGGCGUGCUGCGACGCCUGCGCAAAUCUCAAGGGUGCCUUCUUGACUGCCGUGAUCCUCAUUAUCAUCAGCAUGUCGGUUACCUUGGCCCUCGCCGGCAAGGAGCAGCUUGCCAAGGACGACGUCGACGUCUCCUCUGGCGGCGCGUGCUCGGCGUUCGCCGAUCUCUACAGUACCGAGCUUGCCACACAAAACAAGACAACAGAUGUUUGCGACCCACUUGUGUUGUUUUUAUAGU